CUAUAAAAACCGUGCAUAAUACAAGAAAACACUCAGUAUGAACAAAAUGUUUCCUUUUGCCAUUAUUUGCUUGUGUGUAUCAUCAACCUGGGCUUUACCUUCUUUAAUAACACAUUCCAGAGAUGUACCUUUCAAAUUUCCAGGUCCUAGAAUUAUCAACGGAGAUCCUGCAAGUGAAGGUCAGUUUCCUUGGCAAGUUGGGCUAUAUAUUUCCGGCGAGAAUAGUUUAAUGUUUUGUGGAGGUAGCAUAAUCAGCGAGGAAUGGAUCCUUACAGCCGGACAUUGUACCACUGGAGGCGUGUCUGCCCAAGUCAUAAGCGGUUCAAUAAGUUUAGAUCUGGGCACAACUUCAAAUGCUUCUGAAAUCAUCGUUCAUGAGGAUUUUGAUCCUCAAAUCGCUGCUAGUGACAUCGGACUUAUUAAACUUGAUACCCCAUUGAAGUUUGAUGAAAACACAGCUGCUGUCGGCUUGGCUGAAGAAGAGCUGGGGGCUGAUGUUACCUUCACAAUUAGUGGCUGGGGACACGUCAGUGACGGUAGUACUGAAUUAACUGAAGUGCUGAAUUACGUCGAUCUAGUCACUAUUUCGAACGACGAUUGUCAAGGAUUUUAUGGUAAUUCAAUUAGACCUGAAAUGGUCUGUGCCACUUCUGGGACAGAUGAAACUAGGAGCUCGUGCAGCGGGGACAGUGGUGGUGCAGCAGUGGUUAAUGCUGAUUCAGAUCCCGUUCAGGUAGCCAUCGUUAGUUUUGUUAGUUUCACUGGAUGCGAAAUGGGUGCACCUUCUGGGUAUACAAGAACUGCGUACUUCAGAGAUUGGAUCAAAGAUAAAACUGGGAUUUAAAAGCACAGAUAAAGGACAAAAAUGUUGAAAACUGUAUAAAUUAGUAAAUAAAAUGUUUUAAUGUUUUUUC